AUGUUUUCGAGACAAGUUUUAGCAGGUAAACAAAUUGUUAGCACUUUUGCUAAACAAAAAGCCGUAUCACAAUGUAUCAAAAGAUUCAAUUCAAGCAAAACCAAUUCAACCCCUCCACCUAAAUACUCCAAAGGUAAGCUUCUUGCCGUGUUGGGAACUUUGGCUAUUGGUUCUACCAUUGCUGCCUCUUUCUAUAACAAGGAGACACCUAAAUCUGCAUUUGAACCCAAUGAAUCUGGUGAUAAACCAGAGUUUGCUGAAGGCAAAGUUUCAGUCAUUUUUGUGUUGGGUGGACCAGGAUCUGGAAAGGGUACCCAAUCCGAUAAAUUAGUCAAGGAAAAAGGAUUUGUUCAUUUGUCUGCUGGGGAUUUGUUAAGAGCCGAACAGAAUAGGCCAGGCUCCAAGUAUGGUGAGCUUAUCGCUAAAUACAUCAGAGAAGGUGAAAUUGUUCCUCAAGAAGUCACUGUUGCUUUAUUGAAACAAGCAAUCAAAGAAAAUUAUGAACAGGGUAAAACAAAGUUCUUGGUUGAUGGUUUCCCUAGAAAGAUGGAUCAAGCAUUGACUUUUGAAAAUACCAUCGCCAAAUCUGCAUUUACAUUAUUCUUCGAAUGUCCCGAACAAGUGAUGUUAGAAAGGUUGUUAGAAAGAGGUAAAACAAGUGGAAGAGCUGACGAUAACAUUGAAAGUAUCAAAAAGAGAUUUAGAACAUUCAUCGAUACCUCCAUGCCAGUUGUUGAUUACUUUGACAAACAAGGGAAAGUUGUUAAGGUUAGAUGUGAUCAACCAAUAGAUGUUGUUGCUAACCAAGUCAAAGACGCGUUGAAGACAAGAGGUAUUUAG